GAAAAAUAUAAUUUGGAAAUUCAAUUGGAUGACCAGGAUCGAAAAUAUAUUACUGAGAAAGAAUCCUUGGAACGAGAAAUAUCUGUUCUCAAAAGAAAACUGGAAGACAAUAUUUGUGUUUCUGAUGAUGAAAAGGCUAAACAGCAAAUUAUGAACAAAACUUAUUCCCAGGAAGUGAGAGCUUUGAAGGAGGAGCUUCGAAAUGCUGGAACUGAAAGAUUAAACCUGACCAAGAAGAUUCAAGCUCUAGAAGCGCAGUUAAAACUUCAUACCAAUUAUCAAGACAGUAUUGUGAAGCAAAUAGUUGAAAUUCGAAAUCGUUUGAAGGAAUUAACUCAUGAACGUGAAAAGUUGAGAACUAGUCAGGAGAUGGUAAUGAGCAACAUUAAAGAGACAAAAGUGGAGUUUUGUAAGUUUGAUCAGAGUCAUAAACAUCUGAUGGAAUGCAUAGCGAUAACUGAAAAUCUCAAUAAGGACCUGAAAAAAGAAUUAGUAUCUUGCAGAUCAGAAUUGACUAUGUCGAAGAGUUCUACACCUGUUCCAUUACAGGAAAAUAACUCUGAUUCAGAAAGAGUAAUAUGCCAAAAGAGGAUUAUCGAACUUGAAAAACUAUUUCUUCAGUCAAGGAAAGAAAACGAGAAAACUUUGAAUAAUUUAGUAGAAUCGAAUAAUAGAUUAUGCAGCUUUAUAAACAAGUGUGCUGAACUACGUGAAAUAGAGAAAACUUUAUCGUUAAAGACUGAAAAUUAUGAAAAAGAGUUUGAAAUACUUCAAAACAAAUUGGAUGAGCAGGUUAUAGAAUUGGAGAGACUUCGUUUGGAAAACACUCGUGCGCAGGUAAUCAAGGAAGUCGAAGAAGCGCAAACGCAAACAGAACUUGAAAUUGACGAAAAGGCAUUUCCUCGGACUGACACCUCCACUUCAAAGCAGUUUGAGAAUAAAUACAUCUCUGAAAACGAAAAACUUGAUGUGUUUCCUCUUCUUAAAAAUAAAAUUGACAUUGAUGUACUUAAUAUACAACCUAAUGAAGCAAAUGAAGUAUCUAAACGUAAACGGCAUGUGGCAUUUGUUGAAAAUACAGAUAAUUGUGAUCAACCAUUUAAGAAACCAUGCUCUGAAAGAAAUUUCGUAAAUCAGAUGCAUGUUGAACAUGAUAAUGACUUAUCACUGCCAUCAUCUAUGGAUAGUUCACAAAAUAGUGUAAUUUGUUGCGAUGAUAACAUUGGAAUCUCGAAAAAUUCGAAAUAUGAGAAUAGUUUUACGGGAGAUAUUGUAGUGAACGAAACUGAUGCUAAGGAAUUAAUGAAUGUGGAGAAAAAUUUAAAAAAUCUGCAAGUUUUUGAUUAUGAGAAUGUUAUGAACGCUGCAAGUAAGGAAGAGGGGAUUCAGAAACAGUAAAAUUUAAACUUAGAAACUCAGCCUAAAAAACAGUAAAUUUGCUGAAAUUUUAUUCUAAUUAGAUUAAUUUUAUAUUCUAGUGCUAAUGUUUUUUUUUAAAGAAAUAUGCAGUAUUCAUUUAAACACUGCAUCUUAAUAAUCCCGAUUGAUAAUAAGCUAUAAAAUAUUGUUU